UGUUGAAGCGGAUUUGUCGCCUGGGCCGAGGCGGGUGGCUGCGGAGCAUGCGUAAGAGUCACUCCUGGAGCCCGAACUACGCUUCCCAAAAGGCCUUGCGGGGCAGGACUUCGCGUCCCACGUGAUUCCCUUCGCGCGCUUUUUACCGGAACCGGAAGUUGCCACUCUUGAGCUGUGCACUUGCUUCGGAUCUUGCUGUGGGAGCCCCAGAGAGGGUUACCCCAAAGGGGGCGGCCCCCGAAGACGCCGCCCGUGGUGUGGAAGCAUGUAAGAUCCUCGAGGGGAGCUCCAGCGCCCUGGGAACGGCCCCCAGCCCGUGUCCCCUUCACGUCAGCAGCUCCUGAUUCCUGCCGCCUAGACCCUGGAGCCCCUCCCCCUUGGGACCUCACCUCCCCUUUGGCUCCUGCCCCGGGGCCCCGCCUUCCCGGACCCUGCAUCUCCCCCCUCCUCUCUGGGCCCCCCAGCCCCUUCCCCAUGGCCCCCUUGGACCCCAGAGCCCCUCUCUCCGAAGCCCGAGUGACGCCCCCCCAGAGUCCCCUCUGGACUCGAUGCGGGGGGAGCCGCAGAGAUGGGUUGGGUCUCAGAACCGAGGGGCAUCGAAGUUCCUCUCUGUCCCCUUCUCAUCCCCAGCGCUGUCGCCCCUCCCCGGCUGCUGGGAGCUCUGAGGAGGCAGAAAUGGCCUCUGGACUCCUGACAGCCAGCGCCCGCCAGGAAUUGUUAACGUUCAGAGAUGUGGCUGUGGUCUUCACCCCGGAGGAGUGGGGACACCUGCGCCCUGCCCAGAAGGAGCUGUACAGGGACGUGAUGCUGGAGAACUACAGGAACCUGGUCUGCCUGGGACUCGUCAUUUCCAAACCAGAUGUGAUAGAUCAGUUAGAACGAGGAGGGAAACUGUGGAUGCCAGAGGGAGAUGUCUUAAGAAGCACCUGUCCAGGGAGAAGUUUGAGGACAUUAAGAGAAUUUUUCGUUUCCCAAAGUCUUUUCAGCCUUUUCUCCUUUUCAGUUAUUGGCCCAACUUAAUAUCCUUUUGCUGUGUCCAUCCCUCCAAGAUAUGAA